UUCGACGCCCUCUGCACCGCCCACCGAGUCUACCACGCCGUCGACCAAGCCGAUACGGUCGCAGUUCUGGCCCUGGGCGCUGCUCCGAGACACUGGGAGCCUGACCGUUGAGACGAAACGCCGGUGUGCCCU